GGCGGAGGAGGAAUGCAAAGCUCCAUCCAGUGCACCGAGGAGGAGUGUUUACGCACAGUCUGCCUGCGACACAGGAUCAAACCUGGGGACUUGGUCGUUUUCACGCCACAAUCCAAUCCUGCAAAGCAUUUGCAAGGAGACAGAGAAGCAAGCGCCUCCAUCAGGGACCGACCAUGAUCAAAAAGCAGCAGCAGGACGUGAUGGGCUUCCUGGCAGCCAAUAAGAUCGAGUUUGAGGAGUGUGACAUCGCCGCCAACGAGGCCAACCGGAAGUGGAUGCGAGAGAAUGUUCCGGAGGAGUCACGGCCAGCCACAGGGAACCCUCUCCCACCACAGAUAUUCAAUGAGAGCAAAUAUUGCGGGGACUACGAGGCCUUCUUCGAUGCCAGAGAGGACAAUGCUGUGUAUGCAUUUCUAGGCCUGACUGCUCCCCCAGGAUCAAAGGAAGCCGAGGCUCUGCUGAAGAAAGCACAGCAGUAGCUUUUCACCUUUUGUGUAUUUCAACCGGACCUAGCCUAACCUGGAAUAAAUUCAGAAAAAAAACAAUUUUCUUUCUUAAGUUUCAUGAUUUUACUAUUCUUUUGUCAGCUGUGCCUUGUCAGUGAUGGGAGGUGCAGAAACAAAAAACGGAAGAUCCUGGUUAUCAAGACAGUGCAGUGCUUCCUCAUAUUAACCUCAGCCUGCUAGCCUAUUGGUGCAGUAACAUGUCAACCAAUCAUUCAGCAUGAAUGGAAUUAUAAGUUGUGCAAUGUAGCCUGGGCAUCCUCUUGCACAACGAGCUCACCGUGUAGUCCACUUCUGUAUCCAUAAAAACGUAUUCAACUCGAUAGGUUUCAUUAGAACUUUGCUUAUUAAACAAUCUGAAAUCUUACUAAAUAUAUAAAAGUUUGACUUUUGUGCUCCUGUCAGUUCUGUUAUUGCCAAAAUUGCAGCACUUUCUGUCAGGGCACCAAAAUCCCAUGUUUUUCCUUUUUUUUUUAUAUAUGUGUCCUUCAUUCAAGCUGUCUUUAUGCUGUUUUAAAAGCAGCCUUUUUCUAAAAAAAAAAAAAAAAAAAAGAUUUACGUUUAACGAGACUGUAGUUAGCAACAGAUGUGACUUUUUUAUUUGUUUUUUGAUGUUUUGUUAUGUAAGCCUCCUGUUUUAUAUUGUGCUGGUAUAACACCUUAAAAAGUCUUAAAGGGAAGGGUUAGUUGUCUUUCCUAAAAUAAAAUAAAAUGAUGAAAUGCAAAUGUGUGUCUUUGUAGUCUUUUACUCUGGAAUUCAAUGUGAAACAUAAUACAUUUAAAUGCAUGUAGUGUGUUUUAAACAAACAAUGCCAACGAUUUUCAGUUAGCAUCCCUCCUGCUAGCUUGAU